AUGAUUUUUCCUUUACGGGUUUUACCAGAGGAGACAGAGAUUGUAGAGACACCGAAGAAUGGAAUUCCUUGCUUCAAAGUAGAGAUAGGUGCAUUGCCAAUGGUGGGCCAAGUAAUGAGUGCGACUAGAGGUGCAACUGAUGCCUUUUCUGGUGUUACCAGGCAUGUAAAUAGUGCUCUAUGGAAGCUGGGAGCUAAGAACAUUCAAGCAGGCGUUGGAUGUGGAGUUGGUUUUGGCCAUGGCUUUGGAAUCGGCCUUGCAGUGAAACCUGGGGCAGUGCAGAAGAUGCAAGCUUGUCUUCUAGUAGUGUUGACGAAGAUGAUGACGAAACUUGGACUAGCACCCAAUUUAUCAAUUGGUCAAGGUGCCCUUCCGAUGUCUUUGCAAAGUGGCAUGAGCAUGGCAAAUGACUCUUCAGUCCAAAACCCAUUGGGAAGUAUCGCACAGUUAGCAACAAAAUUCCCAGACCAAACAUCUCAAGGCCUGUACGGAUAUGGAAACGUUAGUUCACUUUCAAGUGAUGAAAGUUCCACAUCAAAAGGCAGUCUGCUUGAUAAUUCUUUUGGUAGCCGAACAGAGAAGGUGAUUAGCAGUUUUCUUCAAAAUCCUAUUCUGAAAGAUGAUGGCACCAACAUAAAUGAAGUGAUGGGUGACGCAAUCAGACCUUUGGGUGUUCUUCCUGAGAACUUAUAUGCAGAUAUUGCAUGUUGGAAUGCAUCCCUUCAGUGCUUUGACUUAUGCAUUAAAGCCAUGGGAGAAACUGAUUGGCAGGCCCUUGGACAUCAGCUUGAGGCCAUAGAAUAUGAUUCAGUUAUUAAGGCUGGACGUUUGCAGUCAGAAAACAACAUCCUUCAAAUGGUGUUGAGACACCAGCAAAUCAUUGAUGAGCUCAUGGAGGAGAAUCAAAAGCUUCGUCAGAUACUAGUGGAGGACUUAAAAGUAUCACCCAACAAGCUCCAAGCCACUCCACUUUCUGGUGUGGACAUAGCUGGAGUUGAAGCUGGUGAUGACAUGGACGCUGGUGCUGGAGGAGAAGACAUACUUCCUGGUCCUGCUGCUGGAGGAGACAUUCCUGGCGUUGGAGACACGGGAGUCGUUGUUGAAGGCGGCGGGCUCAUUGAUGGGCUUUCUGAGGGAGGUGAGGACAUUGCUGGUGGAGGUGAUGAGACUGGGGGGACAGCUGGGGGAGGUGUCAUGGCAGGGGGUGGGGUGGAUGUAGUUGGUGAAGGUGCAGCACUGGUAGCUGGUGGCGGUGUCAUGGCAGGGGGUGGGGUGGAUGUAGUUGGUGAAGGUGCAGCACUGGUAGCUGGUGGAGGUGUCAUGGCAGGGGGUGGGGUGGAUGUAGUUGGCGGAGGAGCAGCACUGGUAGAUGGUGGAGGUGCAGCACUGGUAGCUGGUGGGGCUGAGACACUUGUUGGUGGCAUAGCUGGUCGUGAUGAUGUUGGGCCUUGA